GGGAAGAGAGGAAAUCCUCGGGGAGGUUCCUCCCCCACCAUCGGCAGCCUGGCAGGGCCCGAGAGCUGCCCGCGGUGGGGAGGGGAUAGCGGGGCGGACCCGGAGGACAUGGAGGGCGAGGAGGCCCCGUCAUGGCGGGGUCCCGGCGGGGCCGUGCGGGAGCUCUGCCGCUCUUUCGGCCACUACAACCGGCACCUGGCGAGGCUGCAGCACAACCUGCGAGAGACCAAGAGGUUCUUCCGGGACGUCAAGUUCUCCCAGGGACAUCCCUUCGCCUCGGCGCCCGCCGGUGACGGCCCCCGCUCCGCCUGGGAUGGGGAUGGGGGUCCCGGGGACGGCGGCCCCAGCCCGGUGUCGUUCCCCCGGCACGAGGAGGAGCAGCUGCAGCGCUCGGUGAGCUGGCGGCCGUGCCUGCUGAUCCUGGGCCAGAACUGCCGUGCCAAGGGGCACCUGCUCAACACCCUGCUGGGCCAGGAGCUGCUGCCCACCCCUGGCACUGGCACCCAGGAGCUGCUGCCCAGCCCCAGGACGGGCACCCAGGAACUGCUGCCUGGGGCUGGCACUGCCACCAAGGAACUGCUGCCCACCCCUAGGACUGGCACCCAGGAACUGCUGCCCAGAGCUGGCACCCAGGAAUUGCUGCUCCGGGCUGACACUUCCACCAAGGAGCUGCUGCCUGCCACUGAGACUGGCACCAAGGACCUGCUUUCAACCCCUGAAGCUGGCACUGCCACCAAGGAACUGCUGCCUGGGGCUGGCACUCCAGAGCUGAUGCCCACCCCCAGGGCUGGCACUCCAGAGCUGCUUUCUACCCCUGGCACUGUCACCGAGGAGCUGCUGCCCACCUCCAGGGCUGGCAUGGACACUGAGGAGCUGCUGCCCACCCCUGAGACUGUCACUGAGGAGCUGCUGCCCAUUGCUGAGGCUGCCACUGAGGAACUGCUGCCCAUGGCUGGCACCACAGAGCUGCUUCCCAUCCCUGGGACUGGCACUGAGGAGCUGCUGCCCACCCCUGGGAUUGGCACUGAGGAGCUGCUGCCCACCCCUGGGACUGGCACUGAGGAGCUGCUGCCCACCCCUGGGACUGGCACAGACACUGAGGAGCUGCUGCCCACCCCUGGCACUGGCACUGAGGAGCGGUGCCGGCGCCGCCGCGUUCGCUUCACGCACGGGGCACGGCCGCGGCUGAGCCUGGCACUGCCCGGGCAGUACGAGCUGGUGCAGGCGCUGGUGGCACACAGCGGGCACUGGGACACCAUCCCCGAGCAGGACCUGCAGGUGCCAGGGGACGCCGAGGAUCCCGCACAGAGGGUGGCAGAGCUGGAGGUGGUGCUGCCCUGUGCGCUGCUCAAGGAAGUGGACAUCGUGGUGGCUCCAUGCCGAGGCUUCCAGUCAGCUGAGUCCACCCUGGCCGAGUUUGUGGACCAGGUGCUGCCCGUUGUCACCUUUGCCAUCAGCGAGCCCCAGCUGUCCCCGUCGGACCAGGCAGAACUUCGGGAAAUCAAACAAAAAUUCUCCCUCCCCAUCUUCUUCCUGCGAAUCCCCGAGGCCGGCUGCCAGCUGAGCUCUCCUAAACCCCACCCCAAGGACACCAAACCCCACCCCAAGGACACCAAACCCCACCCCAAGGACACCAAAACCCACCCCAAGGACACCAAAUCCCAGCUCCACCUGCAGCUGCUGGAUCUGGAGUACCUGAGCCCCUCCAGCCCCUGCGGCUGCGGCGCUCCCGGCUCCUCCAUGCUGGUGGAGCAGCUGGAGAAGCUGAGGCUGCUGAGCUCCUUCUCCAGGCAGGUGCUGCAGCAGCACCUGGUGGAGGCAGCCACGAGGCUGAGCGAGGUUCACGGGCGCUGCCUCAACAUCUUCAUCAACCAGGCCUUCGACAUGCAGAGGGACCUGCAGAUCACCCCCAAGAGGUUGGAGUACACGCGCAGGAAGGAGAACGAGCUCUACGAGUCGCUGAUGGGCAUCGCCAACCGCAAGCAGGAGGAGAUGAAGGAGAUGAUCGUGGACACGCUGGGGAAUAUGAAGGAGGAGCUGCUGGAGGAUGCUGCCAGUAUGGAGUUUAGAGACAUCAUCAUCCCCGAGAGCGGCGAGCCCGUCAGCUCCAAGGACAUCAAGCGCUGCAUCCAGCAGAUCCAGGAGCUGAUCAUCUCCAGGCUGAACCAGGCUGUGGCCAACAAGCUGAUCAGCUCCGUGGAUUACCUGAGGGAGAGCUUCGUGGGCACCCUGGAGCGCUGCCUCAAGAGCCUGGAGGAGUCCUGGGAGGGCUCCGUGCACCCGCCCCGGGGGCUGGAGAAACCCAGGGAGGGAUCCGUGCACAUCACCAGCAACUAUCUCAAACAGAUCCUGAAUGCAGCUUAUCACGUGGAGGUCACAUUCCACUCGGGUUCAACAGUGACCAGGAUGCUGUGGGAACAGAUCAAACAGAUCAUCCAGCGGAUCACGUGGGUCAGCCCCCCGGCCAUCACCAGCGAGUGGAAGAGGAAGGUGGCCCAGGACGCCAUCGAGAGCCUGAGCGCCUCCAAGCUGGCCAAGAGCAUCUGCAGCCAGUUCCGCACGCGCCUCAACAGCUCCCACGAGGCCUUCGCCGCCUCCCUGCGCCAGCUGGAGGACGGCCACUCGGGCCGGCUGGAGCGCACCGAGGACCUGUGGCUGCGCGUGAGGAAGGAGCACGCGCCCCGGCUGGCCCGGCUCUCGCUGGAGAGCAGAUCCCUGCAGGACGUGCUGCUGCACGGGAAGCCCAAGCUGGGCAGGGAGCUGGGCCGGGGCCAGUACGGGGUGGUGUACCUGUGUGACAGCUGGGGGGGACACUUCCCCUGCGCCCUCAAAUCCGUCGUCCCUCCGGAUGAGAAGCACUGGAACGACCUGGCACUGGAAUUUCACUACAUGAGGUCCCUGCAGUCCCACGAGAGGCUGGUGCACCUGCAUGGCUCCGUUAUUGAUUAUGGCUAUGGAGGAGGCUCCAGCAUUGCUGUGCUGCUGAUCAUGGAGAGGCUGCACAGGGACCUCUACACGGGGCUGAAGGCUGGUCUGGAAUUGGAGCCACGGUUGCAGAUUGCAUUGGAUGUGGUGGAAGGGAUCCGGUACCUGCACAGCCAGGGCUUGGUGCACAGGGACAUCAAACUCAAAAAUGUCCUGCUGGACAAAAAAAAUAGGGCCAAAAUCACAGAUUUGGGGUUCUGCAAACCCGAGGCGAUGAUGUCUGGCAGCAUCGUGGGCACCCCCAUCCACAUGGCUCCCGAGCUCUUCACAGGGAAAUAUGACAAUUCCGUGGAUGUUUAUGCCUUUGGGAUCCUGUUCUGGUACCUCUGCUCGGGCCAUGUGAAGUUACCUGAGGCUUUUGAGAGGUGUGCAAGCAAAGAUCACCUGUGGAACAACGUCAGGAGAGGGGUGCGGCCGGAGCGGCUCCCGGUGUUUGACGAGGAGUGCUGGCAGCUGAUGGAGGCGUGCUGGGACGGGGACUCCUCGCAGCGGCCCCUGCUGGGGAUCGUGCAGCCCAUGCUGCAGGGAAUCAUGGACAGGCUCUGCCGGCCGCCCCCCGAGCACCCCCACAAGGGCCUGGAUGACUCCACCUGAGCGGGAACCGGCGCAGGAUUGCGGGAAUUGAGGCGGGAAUUGGGCAAUUCCAGCCCCGGCCCUGCUGCGGAGCUGCGGGGACAGGGAGGGGCUCCGGGGGGGACGGCUCCAUCCCUAUGGAAUUGUGUGGGGCAGGGAGUGACAGCU